CUUCAGUCAUAAGCGUGCGCUCUCAUAUUGGUAGAGAGUUUGACUUUUUUAGAUGCACCAGUUCGUGCAUCCCGACGUGACACCACCUGUCCGAACACAGGAGAGCAAAUCUAGAUAUACGACAGUAUUCGGGGAAAAGCUCCUCUGGCGAGGCUAUCCCCAGAUUUAGAUGCUACUCGUAGUGUAGAUAGCCACAUCACCAUCAUGAUUCAUGAUCAAGAUAUCAAAGAAGAUCCAUCCUAUCAGUACUCACUCGUACAAUCUGCGGCAGAAACAUGUCCUACACGCCAGACGUCGCAGACCCCUGUAAUCAGGCUACUUCUCUGUGGCUCGCCAAUGGUUUGCCUCAAGAGAUGCUUUCACACCUCAAACUCGGUGACUGCCCUGAUACUGCAGUCAACUCCUCCUUCAAGGUAGGGAGCGCAGCCCAGACAUCCAUCGGCCUGUCAGGCCUAGCAGCUGCGUAUAUCCAUUUUUUGAGGACAGGAAACAUGCAAGACGUGAGCGUCGAUGCACGUCAUGCCGUCUUGGAUAUCUCGAGUCAAGCUUGGUACACCAUAGAUGACCAGAAACCCACUAGAUCGUGGAGUGACCUGGAGGGAAUUUAUAGAACCAAGGACAACAGUUUCGUUCUUCUGAAAACCUACUUUCCGCACCACGCAGAAGGUAUCCUCAAUAUUUUGCAGUCCGUUCAAGUUGCCUUACUGCAAUGGACCGCGAAAGAUUUUGAAGAUGAAGCGGAAAAGCAGAACAUGUGUGUCUCUGCCUAUAGCAUCCCCAAGCAAGCUGCAUUGCGGGGAACCCCUCCCAUCCAGCUCAUUAAGAUUGGAGACGCUCCCAAACGGGAAAUCAAGGUGUCCCCACCGUUCCCUCUCGACGGAAUUAGAGUGUUGGAUCUGUCCCGAGUGCUUGCAGGACCAGUGUGCGGCCGAACGCUCGCAGCGUAUGGAGCUGAUGUACUCCUGGUUACGUCCCCAAAGCUUCCCGAUUUACCUUAUCUCUACGCUGAUACAUCUCGUGGCAAGCGCACGACGCAGCUCGAUCUCACAGAGCCCACUCACCACGACCGCCUGAAAGAAUUGGUGAAGGAUGCUGACGUAUUCCUGCAAGCAUACCGACCAGGUGGCCUUCGCGACAAAGGUUUUGGUCCUCACGAGCUCGCCAAAAUUCGCCCUGGUAUUGUAUGCGCCAAUUUGACAGCGUAUGGUUGGGAAGGGCCCUGGAAGAACAAGCGCGGCUUCGACUCGCUCGUUCAGACUGCCACAGGCUUCAAUUGGGCGGAGGGUGAAGCUUUUGCUGAAUUUAAUGGGCAGCCCGUCCUGGAUAAGCCAAACCCUCGACCACUCCCUGUGCAAGUCCUAGAUCACGUUGCAGGUUACUUCCUCGCUUUUGGCAUUCAGGCCGCAAUCGCAAGAACGAUCACUGAGGGCAGCUCUUGGGAAGUUCGCGUUUCCUUAGCAGCAGUUGCGCAGUGGUUGCGAUCACUUGGACAAAUUCCGCCAAAGCUUGCGUUCGGAGAUGGGAAGCCUCUUCCAAAACAAAGGAUUCCACAAGAUCCUGAGGUAGCUGCAUUGUCGGUCACACUCCACGAGGCGACAGGUGACAAAAGGCAGGUUGAAGGGCCUCUCAGGACUUUGACGGCCAUCCGACAUGCAGCACAGCUAUCCGUCACACCUGUUAAGGGACGUGGAAGCUCCAAUAGGCUUGGAUCGGCAUGAAUCUGUAUGGUUGCCCCGUGUAUGAGAUGCGAGGAUAAGAGAUUCGGGGUAACACAAUGAAUGAGAGUGGCUGCUGGCGACAACCAUUGCCGUCUAUUUAAGUGCAAUACGACAAUACCUAUCAAUACUCGUAUUUGAAGUCAAUCCACGCUAAUGUACCAACAAACACUUCCUCCAGUGUGAAGUUUUUGUCCACCUCCUCGGAAGUCAACACAUGGUCUUGUGGUACACGUUUCGACGUGCUCCCUCCAGGACCAUAUGAAUCAAACUCGGCGUAGUAAGUGGUGCUCGGAAUGGUGCCAGUGUUUUUUGAAGCCCAGGGUCUGAAACCUACGGGGUGAAUACUC